AGCCCCAAGGUAAGUACCCAAUCGAGGCUUGGGAUGAUGUGCUCGAAGAAGUCCCCGAUAUCGCUGAGUUCUGCGGGAACUUGACCCGAAUACCUUGUUCAUCUGCAAGAGGGGAUGGGCAUGUAGGAAGGUUGCAUGAAAUAUGUAGUGAUUUAAGAGCUCUGAGAUUCCAUUUCGGUGUAAUCCAGAGCGUAUCAUAUCACCGUGAAUUUUCACUGAACUAUUUUGUGACAAAGAGAGGAUCUUGUUGGCACGCCAAGCUAAUUUCAGUAUUAACCAUAACGUCCUCAGAAUGCCGAGCGCUGUCAAACCCAUCGUACUCCACAUAGGAGAUCCGGUUCAAUACAACACGGAGCGGUACAAAGAGUUAGAACAGAUCGCUACAAUCCUUAGACUGACCACAGAGGAGAGACAGAGGGAAACCUUCUUGGAGGCUCUGAGGGAACAGCGAUGGGGGAACUUCUCAGCAAUCCUGCGACCUUUUUGGAACUCGGGUGGCGAGAUGGGCCGCUGGAACAAAGAGCUUAUUUCACUCCUGCCUUGCUCUGUCAAAGUCUUUGCUUCCGCAGGUGCCGGAUAUGAUUGGGCAAACGUUGAUAUCCUGGCUGAGAAAGCGUCAUCCGAGGCUGUGGCGGACAUGGCGCUUUACCACAUCAUAUCAGUGUUCCGCAAUAUGCAAUGGACCAAUACAGCAGCACGGAGUGGAAACGCAGAUCAGUUCCUCGAUGCACACCGACACAACAGUGAGACAGCACACAACCCCAGAGGCCACACACUCGGCAUUAUCGGCCUCGGAAACAUCGGCUAUCGAAUUGCACAAAAAGCUCACGCCGCUUUCGAUAUGAAGAUAGCAUACGUUGAUCCUAUUCCCAAGUCAGCUGAGCAGGAAACAAAAAUCAAAGCUGUGAGAUACCCGGAUCUGGACACUAUGCUCGCCGUGGCGGAUUCGCCUGGAGGGGCAGAAGGUGGCAAGGCACUCAUCGAUGCCUCACGCCUAGCAAAGAUGAAAGCGGGAUCUCGACUGGUCAAUGUUGGACGCGGGAACUUGGUGGAUGAAGAUGCAUUGGCUGAUGCACUGGAAUCUGGGCACCUCUUCGCUGCUGGACUCGAUGUACACUCCAACGAGCCACGUAUUAACACACGCCUGGUCUCAAUGAGGGAUGUGAGUCUUACAUGCCACACCGCUGGUGGAGCAGUUGAAACCAGAAUCGGCUUCGAGGAUCUGGCUAUCCGAAACGUCAUUGAGGUACUACUCGGGAAGGGACCUUUGACAGCGGUAAACAAACAUUUGCUUGGGUAGAAGAGAAUCGUUAUCAUAGGGUAAAGACGAUCCAAAAGAGAACAGCGAGCUUUUGCAAUGGCUUUUGAUCUCUCGGUGCAAAUGCUCACAGUCUCACUGAACUAACUCUUUUGCUUUCAGAAACAUUACAUCCGCAUCAAGAGCGCCGGGUCUUGUGCAGCUUGAACACCAGAC